AUGGAUUCGAGUCACCGCCGUCUGUCUGCACAUUCUCAGCGUUCCCACCCCGACGAGCCGCUAUCCGAGCACGGCGAAGCCCCCCAGGCGGGGUCUUCGCGCUUGAAACCUGGCGCUCAACUCACACUAAUGCGAUAUCUUCAGGACUUGCCGGAUGCAGAUGUUCCACCCAGCCCGGUACCUCCUCGCUAUCACACUGGAAGACUUCCUAAUAGCAAAGCUGGUGACGGCAAACCCCGGCUACUACUAAUGGGCCAGAGAAGGAGUGGCAAAUCAUCAAUCUCCAGCGUCGUCUUUCACAAACUACCACCAAGCGAGACGCUCUAUAUAGAGACUACGACUCGUAUCAAGAAGGAGUCCAUGCACUCCUUCAUGGAUUUCCAAGUGUGGGAUUUCCCUGGCCAUCUUGAUUAUUUCGAUCCGGCCUUCGAUGUUGACAAUAUCUUUGAGGAGAUCGGAGCACUGAUUUGGGUCAUCGACGCUCAAGAUGAAUACCUUGAAGCUAUCAUGCGCCUGAACAUGACCAUCCUCAAUCUCCAAAACUCGUACCCAAACAUCAACGUGGAGGUCUUUGUUCAUAAAGUGGACGGCCUUUCUGAAGACUACAAAAGCGAUACGUUCCGAGACAUCAUCCAGCGUGUUCAGGAUGAAUUGUCCGACAAUGGUUACGAAAAUGCCCCCGUAUCCUUCUACCAGACGAGCAUCUACGAUCACUCAAUCUUCGAGGCUUUCUCAAAAGUCAUUCAGAAACUGAUACCACAACUUCCAACACUGGAGGCACUACUCAACAGUCUAUGUAGUACCUGUCAUAUCGAGAAGGCGUAUCUCUUCGACAUCAUGAGCAAGAUAUACAUCGCUACAGACACAAGCCCAACGGAUAUUGGCAGUUAUGAGAUAUGUUCCGACUACAUCGAUGUAGUGAUCGAUGUUAGUGAAAUUUACGGAUGGGAUCGACCGGCCGAAAAUGGACACUCUGAGAUUGCCGAGACGGGGAACAAUGAUGCGGAGAGCUUGAUCACAAUGGAGAGGAAAGGCAACAACUACCUCUACCUACGGGAGAUCAACAAAUAUCUCGCCCUGAUCUGCUUGAUGGGUGACGACAGCCCAGCAGAGAAGAAAGCAGUCAUCGACUACAACGUGGGCGUUUUCCAGGCAGCCUUAAAGCAAGUGUUUCCUCGUGCUGAGCGCGAUGUCCCACAGACGACAUCGGAGGAGUGA